UGAAAUUCGACGUAACGUCGGCCAUCUUGCAGGUGCCCUUUCAUAAACCCCUACCGCCUAUAAAACCAUAAAAUCCCCCGAAACAAAAAUGAUUGUAAACUAAACAAGACUGUGUUGUGUUAAAUCAAAGACUCGAAUAAAAUCUUUUUUUUUGAAACCAGUGGUGUACAUCCAACACUUGGCUAGAAUGAGUUUCUUCGGUUUCGGACAAUCCGCCGAGAUCGAGAUCUACUUAGAUGGACAAGAGACCCGAAAAACUGCCGAAGUCAAGACUGAAGAUGGCAAAAAGGAGCGCCUUUUGCUGUACUACGACGGCGAAACAGUCUCAGGAAAGGUGAACAUAAGCCUGAAAAAACCGGGGAGUAAACUGGAACACCAGGGUAUCAAAAUCGAGUUUAUUGGCCAAAUCGAAAUGUUUUACGACAGAGGCAACCACCAUGAAUUUAUCUCAUUGGUGAAGGAAUUAGCACGACCGGGGGACAUGAUCGCGCAUACCAGCUACCCCUUUGAAUUCACCUGCGUGGAGAAGCCCUUCGAGGUGUACACGGGGGCCAACGUGAGACUGCGGUACUUCCUCAAAGUCACGAUAAUACGACGCCUUGCUGACAUCGUCAAAGAACUAGACAUUGCAGUUCACACUCUAUCGAGUUACCCCGAAAUGAACAACUCGAUCAAAAUGGAAGUGGGGAUUGAGGAUUGUCUCCACAUCGAGUUUGAAUACAACAAGUCGAAAUAUCACCUAAAAGACGUGAUUGUGGGCAAAAUUUACUUUCUACUCGUCCGGAUCAAAAUCAAACAUAUGGAAAUUGCGAUUAUUAAGAAGGAGACGACGGGGACAGGGCCUAACACGUUCACCGAAAACGAGACUAUUGCCAAGUAUGAGAUCAUGGAUGGGGCCCCAGUCCGGGGCGAAAGCAUUCCAAUUCGGGUGUUCCUCGCGGGGUAUGAACUCACACCAACUAUGCGAGACAUCAAUAAGAAAUUCUCGGUGAGGUAUUUUCUCAAUUUGGUGUUGAUGGAUACGGAAGAUCGGAGAUAUUUCAAACAACAGGAGAUCACACUGUGGCGGAAGGGUGAUAAAGUCCGGAAGCCCAAUUUGCAGAGUCCUGCGAUCCUUGCCGGUACCCAAAACCUGACAAAUACGGCUCAAAUAACCAAUCAGGAAGAAGAGAGUCAAGAACCGGCCCCCAAGGAGGAUUUUCUAAGAGCUCCGAAUUCCCAAUCGGAUGAAAAAUUGAAUGAUCCGUUUGAUCAAGGGAUUAAUUCGCCGACUGAAAGCAGCCCCCCUGAGAGUCAUAUACAGAAUAUGACGCGGGAGGCUGGGGAUGGACAAAAUGAUUCGGAAAAUACAGAGUGAUACAAAGUGAUUGGGGCGUAAAUGGCGGCGUGUGCACGUUUGUAAAUAUUGUAAUUGUUAUUAUUACAGUUGGCAUUCUGUAUAAAUAAGCAAAUUUAUUAUUUACACAUAUUAUUGUAUAUUUCUCAUAUAGUGAAUAAACAAGUUACAAGAUUUAAA